AUGUCUCGCGGUGGGGAGUUCGUGAAAGACAUGGUGCACAUGCACAGCUUCCUGGCCGCUCAGAAGCGCAUCUUGUCAGCUGAAUGCUUCACCAACAUGCUGGAGGCUCAGGCUAUGUCGUUUGGCAAGCGCUUGGAUACCCUGAGCGGCAGCAUCAGCUGCGGCCAUUGCCUCCACCGCUCUGCGGCGCAAACGCCCGCACGCCGUCCGCUGCAAUGCCUGCAUGGCUUUGCCAACUACUUGACGGAGGCUGAGAUUGGCAUCUUGCAAGAUCAGACAACACAUGAUAGCGUGAAGCUACAAUGCCUUGUCAAUAGGUGCGUGGCGCUGGGGCUGCACCUUCCUGCAGAAGGCACGGUGAAGCACAUCAUAGCCAGCGCGUGCGAUCUGCAGGGGCUGUCAGCCGCAAAUGCUGACGCCAAGUUUCGUGCGCUCCAAGAGUUCAAGGUCCAGCUCAAGGCCCGCAUCAAGCACAUGCAGAGACUUCCCAUGGACCUCCACUUGGCGAAGUACCCUGCUGAUCCAAACGACUUGCCUCAGGAGCUGUACUCCGCUGCUUAUGGUUACCUGGCAUUUGCUUGA